AAAAAGUUUAAGAUUAUCCACCGUAUGAGCUAUGCGCUGCAAGGUUAUGACGUACACAUGUCUCAGGUGACGUAGCUCCGUUCCUAAUAAUUUUAACGUUAAUUUUCUUCAAAAAUGUAUCAGAGUAAAGAAGUAAUUUUUUCAUUGUUAUUUCUUAUCGAAGAAUGUAAUUGAAAGUCCAUGCCAGAGCCCAAUCAGUAUUUUAUAUUGAUUAAGUUGAAAAAGUUUUGCACAAAAUGUUCUCAUAAACUAUUUAACCUCAUUCAAUGAAAGUAUGAUUAAAUGAAUAAUUGAUUAGCUCUGCUGGAGCGUCAGUGGAUAGCGAACUACUAGCUGGAAAUGGAGGUUUAGGAGGUCUGAAUGUGAUUCCAGGGAUCCAGUUGUUUCCAUCAUCCCAGGCAGGUGCAGAGGCAGAGGCGCAAAGUAAGGUAGGAACCGACCUAGCUAUGGGCGGCUAUUUAGGUACACCAGAAAACCCUGGAGCAACAGACAACUCUAGAUCACAGAUCCAAUCAGCAUUAGGACUUCAACCAAGUGAAACUUUUCAACAAGGAGGAGUUCGAACAGCUUUUAGCACUAACAAGUCAUCAAUUAGUGAAUCAACCGAACACAGCCAGGCACAAAUCGUAGGUAGUGGAUUACUAACAAUUCCAGUGUCAGUAGCGGUCAAACCAGCAGAAGAUGCUACCGCUGCAUCAGCUCAAAAUGAAGUUCAUAAUUCAGCAGCUUCAGGAUUGCGUAAAUCAGAAUCAUUAGGAGUGAAAACACAAGCUCAGACUGCAGCAGAACAACAAGACGCAAAGCUACAAGCUGGUGCAGGAGCCAAUUUAGCCCAUGCUACUCAAAAGCAAGGACAAGUUUCAAAAGAUAAAUCUGCUUCUGAUGUCCAAACUAAUGCAAAUGCACAAGGGUCAGCUGUAUCAGAAGUCAGUGGAUCAGGAUCCUUGAGAAUAAAAACACAAUCUCAAUCGGCAUCAGAAGCUACAAAAAGAGCAGAACUCCAGGCUGGUGCAGGAGAAAAUGCUGCUCAAAAACAAGAGAAAGUUGUAGGAGAUAAAUCAUCUUCCAGCGUCCAAACUAAAGCUAAAGCACAAGAUGCAGCAGCAUCAGAACUCAGUGAAUCAGGGUCCUUGGGUGUGAAAACGCAAUCUCAAGGCGCAGCAGAAGCUCAAAAAGGAGCAAAACUACUGGCUGGUGCAGAAGCGAAUGCUGCCCAUACUUCUCUAAAACAAGGUAUAGUUUCAGAAGAUAAAUCAGCUUCCAGCGUCCAAACCGAAGCCAAGGCCCAAGCGGCAGCAGCAUCAGGACUAAGUGGAUCAGGAUCAUUGGGAGUAAACACACAAUCUCAAGCCGCAGUAGAAGCUCAAAAAGGAGCAGAACUCCAAGCUGGUGCAGAAGCGAAAGGAGCCAAAGCCAGUAAAAAACAGGGGCAAGUUUCAGAAGGUAAAUCGGCUUCCAGCGUCCAAAGUGAAGCAAAAGCACAAGAGGCAGCAGCAUCAGAACUCAGUGGAUCAGGAUCUUUGGGAGCAAAAACACAAUCUCAUUCCGUAGCAGCAGCUAAAAAAGGAGCAGAACUACAGGCUGGUGCAGAAGCGAAUGCAGCUCAUGCUUCUCAAAAACAAGCGAAAGUUUCAGAAGGUAAAUCGGCUUCCAGCGUCCAAAGUGAAGCAAAAGCACAAGAGGCAGCAGUAUCAGAACCCAGUGGAUCAGGAUCUUUGGGAGCAAAAACACAAUCUCAUUCCGCAUCAGAAGCUAAAAAAGGAGCAGAACUACAGGCUGGUGCAGAAGCGAAUGCAGCUCAUGCUUCUCAAAAACAAGCGAAAGUUUCAGAAGAUAAAUCAGCUUCCAGCGUCCAAACUGAAGCCAAAGUACAAGAGGCAGCAGCAUCAGGACUCAGUGGAUCAGGAUCGUUGGGGGUAAACUCACAAUCUCAUUCCGCAUCAGAAGCUCAAAAAGGCACAGAACUACAGACUGGUGCAGGAGCAAACGCUGUUCAAAAAGAAGGAAAAGUUUCAGAUGAUAAAUCGGCUUCCAGCGCACAAAACCAUGCUAAAGCACAAGGAGCAGCAGGAUCAGGACUCAGUGGAUUAGGAUCUUUGGGAGUAAAUACACAAUCUCAAGCCGCAGCAGAAUCUCAAAAAGGAGCAGAACUACAGACUGGUGCAGGAUCGAAUGCUGUUCAAAAACAAUUACAUGUUUCAGAAGAUAAAUCAGCUUCCAGCGUCCAAAACCAUGCUAAAGCACAAGGGGCAGCAGGAUCAGGAGUCAGUGGAUUAGGAUCUUUGGGAGUAGAUAUACAAUCUCAAGCCCCAACAGAAGCUCAAAAAGGAGCAGAACUACAGACUGGUGCAGGAUCGAAUGUUGUUCAAAAACAAGGACAUGUUUCAGAAGAUAAAUCUGUUUCCAGCGUCCAAAACCAUUCUAAAGCACAAGGAGCAGCAGGAUCAGGACUCAGUGGAUUAGGAUCUUUGGGAGUAGAUAUACAAUCUCAAGCCGCAGCAGAAGCUCAAAACGGAGCAGUACUACAGACUGGUGCAGGAUCGAAUGCUGUUCAAAAACAAGGACAUGUUUCAGAAGAUAAAUCAGCUUCCAGUUUCCAAAACCAUGCUAAAGCACAAGGGGCUGCAGCAUCAGGAGUCAGUGGAUUGGGACCGUUAGGACUAAACACACAAUCUCAAGCCGCAGCGGAAGCUCAAAAAGGAGCAGAACUACAGACUGGUGCAGGAGCGAUUGCUGCUCAACAACAAGGGCAGAUUUCGAAAACGGAAGCUCAAGCAGGAGCGCAAUCUGGGGCUAUGUUACAACCUGCAAGCCUCAACGCAGCUGUGAUGCUACCUCUGCAGAUAACUCAAGGUGGAAUGCAAGUUAGUCAAAGUGAAUCCAGCCAUUCAACUAAUUCUACCCAAGAACAACUCGUUUCUGGAAGUACUUCAACUGUGCCACUUACUGGAGUUGCGACUGAAGGCUUUGCUCCAAUUGGUGCAGUACAGUUUGGAGGCAACGCUGGAGGUCUCAAUGGCGGAAUUACAGCAAAAACAGAGGCAGGAGUGAAUUCAAAUGGAUCAUCUUCAAACGCUCAGCUAAAGCUUGGUGGAACUUCAAACAAUGAACAACCAUCUGAAGAGUCAGAAUCAAAGUUAAAAACACAAGCAGAAGGACAGGUGGAGACAGAUGGACAAACUGGAAAUAAUUCACAGGCAUCUGGUGGAGUGAAAGCUCAAGCAGGUGCAAGUGUACAAGCAGGUUCCCCAGCAUCUCAGCUUCAAGCAGAAGCGAAUGUAAAAGAAGGCUCUAAGUCACCUCAGGCUCAAGCAGGUGCAAGCAUACAGACUAGUUCCUCAGCAUCUCAGCUUAAAGCAGGAGCGAGUGCAGUAUCAAAUGGUCGCCCACCUCAGAAUCAAACAGGAUUGAAUGCACAAACUGGAUCCAAGGCUCAAGCUAAUGUGCAAACAGGAUUCAGGCCAUCUCAAGCUCAAGCAGGAUUAAAUGCGGAGGCAGGAUUGAGGGCUCCACAGAGUCAAGCCGGAGGCAACUUUCAACCAGGAUUCACUUCAACUCAGGCUCAAACCGGUUUGAAUGCACAAUCUGGAUCUCAGUCAUCUCAAGCUCAAGCAGGAGCAAAUGUACAAGCCAGCUCCUGGCAACCUCAGACUCUGACAGGAUUAAAUGGACAGAGUGGAUCCUUGUCUCCACAAGCUCAAGCAGGAGGAAACGUACAAUCAGGAUUCCCAUCAACUCAGGGUCAAGCAGGGUUCAAUGGACAGACUGGUGGAUCCUGGUCUCCGCAAGCUCAAACAGGAGGAAACGUACAAUCAGGAUUCCCAUCAACUCAGGGUCAAGCAGGGUUCAAUGGACAGACUGGUGGAUCCUGGUCUCCACAAGUUCAAACAGGAGGAAACGUACAAGCAGGAUUUCUAUCAACUCAGGAUCAAACAGGAUUAAAUGGACAGGCUGGAUCUUGGUCUCCACAGGCUCAAGCUGGAGGAAACGUACAAUCAGGAUUCCCAUCAACUCAGGGUCAAGCAGGGUUCAAUGGACAGGCUGGUGGAUCCUGGUCUCCACAAGCUCAAACAGGAGGAAACGUACAAGCAGGAUUUCUAUCAACUCAGGGUCAAACAGGAUUAAAUGGACAGGCUGGAUCUUGGUCCCCACAGGCUCAAGCUGGAGGAAACGUACAAUCCGGAUUCCCAUCAAGUCAGAGUCAAGCAGGGUUCAAUGGACAGGCCGGUGGAUCGUGGUCUCCACAAGCUCAAGCAGGAGGAAACAUACAAGUAGGAUUCCCAUCAACUCAGAGUCAAACAGGACUGAAUGAACAUCCUGGAUCGUGGUCUCCACAGGCUCAAGCUGGAGGAAACGUGCAAACAGGAUUCUUAUCAACUCAGGGUCAAGCAGGAUUGAAUGGACAAUCUGGAUCCCAGUUGCCUCAGACUCAAGCAGGAACGAAUGGACAAGCUGGAUCUUGGUCUCCUCAGGGUCAAGCAAGUGGGAAUGUGCAAGCAGGCUCCUGGCGACCUCAGUCACAAGCAGGAUUGAAUGGGCAGGCUGGUGGAUCCUGGUCUCCACAGGCCCAAGCAGGAGGAAACUUACAAACAGGAUUCUCAUCACUGCAGACUCAAACAGGAUUUAAUGCACAAGCAGGAUCCCAGUUGUCUCAGACUCUAGCAGGAGCUAAUGGACAAGCAGGAUCUUGGACUCCUCAGACUCAAGCAAGUGGGAAUGUGCAAGUAGGCUCCUGGCGACCUCAGGCUCAAGCAGGAUUGAAUGGACAGAGUGGAUCCUGGAUGCCUCAGAUUCAAGCAGGAGGAAACGUACAAACAGAAUUGCUGGCACCUCAAGUUCAAGCAAGUGGGAAUAUGCAAACAGGCUUGCAAGCAUCUCAAUCUCAAUUGGCAUUGAAUGGUCAGGCUGGGACUUGGACGCCUCAGUCUCAAGCCGGAGUAAAUGCACAAGCAAGCUCUCAGCAACCACAAUUUAAAUCUGAAUCAGCAAUGGAUGGAGUUGCACAGGAAACUGAAAGUGAACAGAUUUAUGCUGAUACGUCAGCUUCAGGAAGGCCAGCUUUAGGACCUUCUUCUUGGCCUGCAGCUAAUAUAAAUGUCAAUUUAGGAGGUAAAGUAAAUUUACAGAACCAGCAAUCACAGGCACCGGAGAGGUUUCGUGAAGGACAAGCAGGCCUUAGUUCUUCUAGCCAAGCCAAUACACAAACGCAAGGAUCUGCUUCUGCGGGGUUAUCUUCUAGCAGGCCAGUUUCUGGGCCAUCUAGUAAUUGGCAAAGUAAUAUUAAUGUGGGAGUUCAAACUGGUGCAGCACAAUUCAGUGGAUUGUCUGGUGCUAAUCAACCUUCUAGUUAUCAACAGGUUCAAACACAAGGGUCAGCACAAGCAGGAAUAGGAUCGGAUGAACGUUUCAAUGGACAAUCUGCAGCUCAAACUGAAGGACAGCUUGGAAUCGGGACAUCACUCUUAAGCAGACCGACUGCUGUCCGGCCUUCUACACAAACAAAUGCUUAUGCUGGAACCCAAACAGGACUGUCCUUACAAAACGGUGGAUUCAUUAGUGUUGUUAUACCACCAAGCAAUCAACCAACUCAAGCAGGACUCUCCUCAGGUGCUGCUAACCAAAUAAAUGCCCAAAGUCAAGGAUAUAUAUCAACCAGACCAUUAGCUUACCGACAAGCGGCACAAAGUAACGCAAACGUAUUAGCACAAGCUAAUACUGCAGCUCAGGCAGGUUUAGGAUUACAGAAUGGUGGGUUCAUUGGAAUUUAUAUACCUCCAAGUCAGCAGCCAUCUCAAGUACAGGGGCUAAAUGAUAAGCUGAUGAGCUCAGGAAAUGCUGCUGCUCAAAGCCAAGCAUCCGGUGGAGCAAGCUUAGGGAGUAGAGCUUCUGCCAGUGGAAUGCUUGGACUUGGCCUUGCUUUAUAAUUGCUUAUUUGAUGUUCUCAAAAGACUGGUUGUUUAUAAAUAUACAUUAAUUCUUCAGUAAACUUAACACUUAUUUCUCAAUUUAAACCACAAUGUGAUACUCUUUAAUAGAGGUUGAUUCUUACUUUUUUUUUUAUCAGAAAAUUAAAAAAAUAAAAUAAAAUGUGUUAUAUUUAAUAUACUUAAUGUAUUAUUUAAUACUUCGCCUUAUAUUCAAAAAUAAAAAACUUGAGAACAGUUUAAGUACAUCGAAUUGAUGAAAUUGUUAACAAAAUAAAGAAAGACCUUAAUCCAUUACUGACUGAACUGAUAUCAUUUUUUUUUUAAAUAUGAGUUUGUUAAAACCACUCCCUUGUUCAAACUUUCUCAUCCAAUACCUUGGUUCAAUUACUAUAAAAAAAGCCUAUAACAAUUUAUAAGACGUUUCGUUAUUGCUAUUUCUGAGUGAAGAGUGGUGCAUAAAAGGAUAUCCAAAAGUGUGUUGUUAGAAAUUAUAAUGUGACAAUUAUAUAUGUUACUAUAUUAGAUUGAAUAUAAGACUUCUCAAAUUUAAGACGCAUAUGUUUUCUCACCAAAGUAGUUGGGAAUUCAGUAAAUAAAAUAAUGAAGAAAUAAAAGGAAUUUGGGAAUAAGUAAAUUGUCUUAAAUCAUUAUUUUUUUUUUAGGUAUUCUUUUAAAAUAUUCGAUUAAAUCAAAACCUAACACAGAUUUGUAUUUAUUUUAAUUGUUUUCACUUUCCUUAAGUAUUCAUUUAUUUCACUAACAGUGAUAACAGAUAUGGUCGAUUUAUUACAAAAAGUCAUAAAGUGUAAUAUUUCAUUAAUUUCAAAUAUAUUUUUGUGAUUUAUCGUCCUAAAAAACCACUGUUUGCAUGAAAAUGAUACACACCCUUUUAUUUAUCAUAUAUAGAUACAUACAAUAAGCACACAAUUUUCUGAUUUCACAAUGGAAAAAUUCAUCAAAGUUCCUAAUUAUUUGAGAUUAGAUAUUUGAGGUUAUGAAAUGUCACUUAAUGGCUUUUUUCAAUAAACCGACGAUGUACUGUAUAAAUUUUGAUGAUUUAAAACAAAAUUAAAUACUUAUUUUAUAAAUAUUUAGAUUUAAAUUCUAGUCUUCAAAUUCAAGAAUCACUGUUUUAAAAUCCAAUUCUUUAAAAAAGUACAUAUUUCGUUUGAUCCAAUAAAUAUAAAAAAGUUGUGAUAUUGAAAUAUCAUGGAAUAGCAAAGAAUAACAAAAUGUUUAAUGGAACAAGCCUGAGUUACUUAAAUAUUAUUAUGUGAUAAAUCCUGGCAUAUUGAACUUGACUAGGUAUACAAGCUCAUGGCUAACUCAGUAAGGAAUUUAUGAACAUAGAACUACCUUCAGGGUAAAAGGAACAUUAAAAUAAAACUAUAUUGUUCAACAUAAUUUAUAUAAUAAAGUGUAAAAAUGUAUAUUUAUAUGGGAAUGGAACAUUACUAAUGUGUUACAAUUUAAUUGUAUAAAACAGCUAAAUAGUAGGAAAGUGUAUUUUGAUUACUCUGUUUUCAUAAAUAUAUUAUUGUUAAAACACUGCUGAAAAAUACCAGGUUUACAAUACAAUAAGAAAACAUUAGAAAAGAAAAAAAAUAAGUGAACAUUAUUGGAAGACAACACAGUCAAAAUACAUCCUCGUAAUCUAUAUAUAAAAUAAUGAGUAGUAAAAAUCAUGUGGCACAUUACAAAAUACUGUGUCUUAUGGAAAUACUGUAUUAUAACAUAGCUUCUUAGUAGGAUCGAGUUUUAUUUUCUUAAUCUAAGAAAAUAGGAGGCAAAUCUAUUAAAAACAACAUUAUUUGAAACAGGUGGGAUUUGUUUCUAAAGAUUUUGUAUUAUAUUAAUUAUAUUUAAAUAUUAAUGGAGUUAUGUGUUUUUAAUUACAAUUGUAUAGUUGAAAAUCAUUCUGAAUAGCACCCUAUAAUCAGUAAAAAUCUCGUUUAAUAUUAAAUACAUUUUAAUACUAUCUGUAAUAAUAAUAAGCUAAAAAUUAAACAAUUUUAUACAAAAACAGUCUAUUAUUACGUAGAUCCUAUGCAUAUAUGAGACUUUUACUCAAAGGGUUGAAGAAAUUAGUGACUAAGUUAAAUAUUUAAAGAGCGAUUCCACACUAGACUUAUUUAUAGAAAGAAUAUUGCUUUCUUUGAUAAUGUAUAUGUUUAAAUAUAUAUAUUAUGGUUAGUAGAAUAGUUAAAAAAUUUAGCUAUUUCCUAAUAAGGCUAUUCAUCAAAUUAAAAAUGGGUAAAUACAAUGCUAUGUAUAAAGUACUUGCUUAGGAUUUUUUUGUGGCAUCUCAGGACUAGAUCUCAAGUAAUAUUUUUUGAGAAAAUAUUUGACAGAAAAAUAAUAUGAUUAUUCAACAGAAACAAAAAUUCCAAGUAAAUUCAAUGAGAAAAAUAUAAAAGGUCAUAAAAUGGAAAUUCUCAUACAUUUUCAAAAGUAUAAAACAAACAAAAAAAAACAUGGAUAUAAAAUAUGAGAUGAUAAAUGAAGAUAUAAGAUGAGAGAAAUAAUAAUAUAUAAAAUGAAAGAAUAUUGAAAUGUUUUAAUUUUUUGCAAUAUGUAGUUUGAGUCUUAACUAUUCCACUUACAGAACUCAUUUUUUUUUUUUUUCCAUUCCGAUAAAUUAAUUUUCUUUUUCACAUAUUAUUAAUAGACAAUUAUACUAAUGUUUUGAUAAUAAUUGUUAUUUCUAUGAUUGUUAAAGUUUUAAAUACUAAGGCUAAGUUACCUAGUGUGAAAGACGCUUCGAGUGAAAUAAUUAAUAUUUCUUUUUUUAUUGAAUGUUAAAAAAAAAUAAUAAAAUAUAAUUUUUGUUUGGAAUAUAUAUCUCUCCAUCCAAAACUUUAAAGAGGAGUAGAGAUUUGCUGAGUUGUCAACUAUACAGGAUUUUACAGUAAAUUAAGUACAAGCGUUAAAAAUAGCCAGUCUCAAGGGUUAGGGGAAAAUCUGUAAUUUAAUCAAAUGUACAUCUUUCUUAAAAGUUAUAUACAUUUUCCUCGUGAUAAUUGAGCCUUUGUUUGGUACUCACUCGAAAUAAGCAAAUUCAAUAAAAUUAUUCAUAUUGUUUAUAUAAGAUUUUUUUUUUAAUAUUUUAGAUAUCAAACAAUAACAUUUUAUGUACAAAUGAAUUGAUUCAUGAAUAUAGAAAAAAAAAUUUAACAAGGAACACAGCACACAGUUUAACUUUUUACUGACCUGCAAUAAUAUAUCAAUAUAUUUAUAUAUAUGUAUCAUAUAAUGACAAUUAUGAAAAUAUUGGCAGCGAAUAUAUUUAUAUAAGUUAAAAUUAAUCGUUAACAUUGAUAAAUCAGUGCAAAAUGAUAAAAUAUGAAAAAUAAAUAAACUUUACAGAUUCUUUUACUAAAAAUUUAUUAUUUAUAAGAAUACCAACAAAUAAUGAAUUUAAAUUUAUUAUUUUUGCACUUAUAUAUCGAUAUUAAUCUUCAAGCUAUACAUUGAAAUAAUUAUUUUUUUAAUUUGGUUCUACAAUAAAAAAUAAUGGCACAUAAUCUAAAUAAUUUUCAAAAGAGCCCUACCUAAGAUAUACAAAAUUAUUAUUUAAAUAAAUUUAACAACUAAGCAAUAUAUUAAUACAAUUUUCAAAUAAGAAAACUUUUUUCAUAUUAAUGUAAUCAAGUUUUAUUUUUUAAUGAUUUUUAAAUUUAAAAAUAAUACUGUUUCCCGAAGCGAGGGAUAAAUAUGUAAAAACUAUAUCUGAAAUAGACAAAGCUUUUUUUUCUCAGACUAAUGACGAUGAUUUAUUCAGUGUGAAUAUUAUAAUCAUGAUAUUUAAAAAAAAAAAAUAAUAAGUUGAAAAAAAUAUAUCAAUUUUAUUUAAUUUAUGAACAUGUUUUAAAUUAAAUUUUUUUUUUUUAAUUUUCAACCUCCAAUCUCAAUUAAGUACAAGCAUGAAAUUUAUGGAUCAUAUCCUUGGAAAUAUCACAGCUGUUAUUACAAGAAAUAUUGAUAUGAAUAAGAUUUUUAAUCAUCAGUAAUUCCAAUUAACAAAACCUUUUGAUGAAAAAAACUGAAGAAAAUUUUAAAGCAAUUUAAUCUCUCACUUCUACAAUCAUUAAAUAACAAGGAAUAUACUAACAAUUUUCCACGCCCAAUAAUGGACAAAUUUUCCUGAAAUAUAAAAAAAUAUAGUCUCAUAUAUUUUUCACAUUCAGGUAUUUGUUCAUUAUGAAAAAUCUUCAUAAGUUGGUCUAAUUAACAUAUUAUCAUAAAGCUUAUAAACUCAACAAGAUUUCAUAUAUAAAUAUAUUCGCAUUAAUCACAACUUCCAAAUUUCAUCUUUGAUUUGUGAUAAAUUUAUAAUCGAGACAAACGUUUUUCAUUUUUAAAUGAUUUCCAUAUAAUCAAUAAAAAGCAUCAAUAAUGUAAUAUAUUAUUUAUAGGCAUAUAACAUAAUCUAUUUUUAAAAUAUUGUACAAAUAUUUUUAAAAAAAUAAAAACACCACUUUUUGAAAGUGGUUAAAAUUGUAUGGUAAUGUAAACAGCUCGUUGGUAUAAAGCUGAUACAGAAUAUUUUGCCAAGUACUAUACAUAUAUAUCAUUUUAUUUAUUUUUUUAAAUUCCAUAGCCAACAAACAGGUAUAGCUCCCAAAAUUUCUAAAAAAGGAGUAUCACAUAAUAUAAAAAUUUGAUCAAAAUUCUGAAUAUAUUUCAUAAAAUUUUUAAAUUAAAUAUAAUACACAACAAUUAAAUCACAGAAUUUUAUUAAUUUUUUUAUUAAUAUUAUCAUACAACUUCAACACCUUGGCAAACAAAGUCUUAUACCCAAACGAGCGGUUUCACCAUUAUUAUAGAACAAUCGAUAUAUUAUAAAAAUUAUAUAGAGUAAUAAAAAAAAUUAAAAACGAAAAUAAAAAGAAUUUAACAUUUUUUUGUUCUUUUUUGCACAAUGUAACAUAUUUCAUAUGAGCUCAUGAGGAUUUUAUAAACCACUCAAUAAGCUAUUUGUAUGUACUUAUAAAAUAUAUACACAACUGAAAGAGGAUGAUUGGGCGAUUUUUUUUUUUUUAAACAUAAACAGUAAAACUAAGAAUUAGCUUAAAUUAAAUUGACGUCCAUGCAUAAGUACAUGAUAUUCAUUCGUAUAUCUGAUCAGUGUAGCAUGGUGGACCUUGAUAUGAAUCCGCCGCGACAAGGCACAUUGAAGCUGCUCAAC